AUGCUCUUCAAGAAGUCCUUGCUGGCUGCGGCCGUAGCUGUGGCUCCAGCCUUGGCCACUUAUCGCACGCCCUCGACGACCACUACCACCUCUGCCGCUGUUGGAGGACUCAACCUCUACUGGGGACAGUAUGGCCAGCCCGACGAUAGGCUGGCAGACUACUGUGACUCUCCCGGCGUCACCUCCGUCACUGUGUCCUUCGUCACUUACAGUCCGAAGAACGGUGGCGGCUAUCCUGGAACCAACUUCGCCGGCCAUUGCGGUGGCGAGGUGUUCUACAAGAACCCCAAGACCGGCGAGAACACCAAGCUCAUCAUGAACUGCGACUAUAUCAAGAAGGACAUCAAGCACUGCCAGGCUAAGGGCAUCAAGGUCCUUCUGGCAAUCGGCGGCUACUGCCCACAGAACGGACCAUGCAGCUACGACAUCGACAGCGAGAAGGCCGGUAAGGACUUUGCCACCUUGUUGGACAAGACUUUCGGUCCGUACGACAAGAACUGGCGUGGUCCCCGUCCCUUCGAUAUCAGCCCUACUGAGCACGUUGCCGUCGAUGGUUUCGACUUCGACCUCGAGUUCAAGUACCCCAACCAGAAGCCUUGGAUCAAGAUGGUUGAGCAACUUCGAAGCUGCGGUAACAAGUACUACAUCAGCGUCGCCCCCCAAUGCCCAACCUCAAAGGAUUGGUUUCAGCUUAAGGAGCUCAUCUACAACGCCAAGUUCGACGCGCUCUUCAUCCAGUUCUACAACAACCCCGGUUGCCAGGUGUCUGACACCCCCAACUACGAUGACUGGGAACGCGUUAUCUCCGAGACUUCCAAGAGCAAGGAUGCCAAGCUCUACAUCGGUGUUCUCGCUAGCAGAGACGCUGGCUGGAGCGGUUAUGUCCCUCCCUCGACCAUCAAGGAUUUGAUCUGCAAGGUCAAGAACAAGCGUCACUUUGGCGGUAUCUCCAUCUGGGACGCUACGCGCGGCUCCAUGAACCAAAUCGAGGGUCAGGCUUUCCACGCCGCUAUUGCUGAUGCCCUGAAGUACGGAUGCAAUCCUAUUCCUCGUUCUUCCUCAAGCGCGUUCAUCUCCGCCUCGACUUCCGCCCCGGCUUCAGUGUCGGUCUCUGGCGCUGCUUCUGCCUCUGCAGCUGCCUCGGUCUCUGCUUCUGCUUCUGCUUACAACGACGAUGACAACGACUAUUCCGUCUCUGCGUCUGCCACUAUCGCCUCUGCGGCUGCAGCUGCCUCAUCUUCUGCCUCUGACGAUACCGCAUCUGUCUCUGGCUCCCGCUGA